AUGUGUCGCAUCCAACUUCACUGCCCGAGCACAUCAAAGACCCUUGACAACUUUGUCAUCGGCGCGUACCAGAAGCCAGAGCAAGUCCUACAAGGCGUGCGACUGGCACUGGACCUCAAGUUCGCAGCGCUCUACACCACCGACGCAAAGCCUAUCAGCGAUCCCAGCAAGAUGCUGCAGGAUGACGAGCGCGUGCUAGUCGCUGCCAGUGCGACGGAGACCAUGUUGCCGGAUGCGGUGUACGGCUACGCGAUGUACGCCGGUGAAGAAGGCGAGGAUGUUGAUAUCGACGUCGAUGGAUAUGGCAUGGACUGGCAGGACCUCACCGACCGCGAGAAGGCCGCCCACAUUCUCAGCUUGGUGGAGAGCAAGCCGCCGACGAGAAACAAGCUCCGCAUCACGCGGGAGUGCGGCGCUGUAAGAGAAGAACUUGCAGCGAUCAACCAGCAGGAGCUUGACACCGCGACCGCACCGACUACGGAGCACGAGACUGUUAUCCAAGAACGAUGGGAUACAACUCUCGAUGCGUUCAUAAAGCAGAUCGCGAAGCACGCACCUACUCCGGCCACGAAGUCGCACAUAACUUCGUCGUCGCUAUCCUCUUCGACCAUCUCAGCUCUAUCAGUCCUAUCUUCCAUGACGCUUGGACAGGCGCGCCUCGCCGGCGAAGUGCUGUGCGAGGCUGUUGCAAUGCGUCUGGAGAAGGACCAGGACGAGACCAAAGACCCCGUCCCACGUGAAGACGAUGUGAAGAACGCCGUAGAGAUAGUGUUCGAGCGGGCUGGUGUGAUACCAGCGAAGUUGACGAAAGUCAAGGGAGGAAAGGCAAAAGACCGGAAGAGGGCAAAGGGAAGGGGAAAGACCGUGGGUGGCAAUGCCAGUCUGUGA